GAGGCGGUGGGGGCGGCGCGAAGCCGCCGCGGCGCUGCUGCCCGGUUGCUGUGAGUUCUCACAACUGUCUCCUAGUGGCGUGAGCCUCGAGCCUCGCUCUUCCCCCGGCGGCGGCGGCAGCAGGAGGAGGAAGGAGCGGAGACAAGCGGGCGGCGGGCUCCAUGGAGAGCGGCAGACGCCCGGGCAGAGGUGGUUCUUCCUCUCCGGUCCCCGGGCUGCAGUGACCGGCGCUUGCGCCCUGCUCCGCGUCGAAGCGGCCGCCGGCUCCGGGACUGAUCGGCCUCGCUGUCACUCCCCGCGCCGCCGCCUCGCCUCCCGGCGCCCCUGCGCCCCGACUCGCCCGCGCCCCAACUCCCCGGCGGGGUGGCGGCAGCCGGGCCCCCGCGGCGGCGGCCGGAGCAGCAGCGGCAAGAGCCCGCCUCUAUGAUGAAGUUCAAGCCCAACCAGACGCGGACCUAUGACCGCGAGGGCUUCAAGAAGCGGGCGGCGUGCCUGUGCUUCCGGAGCGAACAGGAGGACGAGGCUUCUUUACUUUGCUGUAUUUGGAUUGACAUCUGGAGAGGAGCAGCCUUUCUUGUUCUAAGAGUGCUGUUGGUGAGCAGCAGUCGGUACCCAGACCAGUGGAUCGUCCCGGGAGGAGGAAUGGAGCCAGAGGAGGAGCCUGGUGGCGCUGCCGUGCGGGAGGUUUAUGAAGAGGCUGGAGUCAAAGGAAAAUUAGGCAGACUCCUGGGCAUAUUUGAGCAGAACCAAGACCGAAAGCACAGAACAUAUGUGUAUGUUCUUACUGUCACUGAAAUACUAGAAGACUGGGAAGACUCUGUUAAUAUAGGAAGGAAGAGAGAAUGGUUCAAAGUAGAAGACGCCAUCAAAGUUCUCCAGUGUCAUAAGCCUGUACAUGCAGAGUAUCUGGAAAAACUAAAGCUGGGUUGUUCUCCAACCAAUGGGAAUUCCACAGUCCCUUCCCUUCCAGAUAACAACGCCUUGUUUGUGACUGCGGCACAGACCUCUGGGUUGCCAUCCAGUGUAAGAUAGACCGGGGAGGGCCUCCCGUGUGCAGUCUCCCGGGGAGAGGUCUCUCUUUUCCUUGGCAAACAUCUGAAUGAUGCCUGCAAACUGUCUGAAUUUGCCAUGCAGGAUUUUCAAACAAUUUGCAUGUUUUUCAGAUGUUUUCAAAUCUUCUUUAAAAAAAAAAAAUGUAAAAUAUUUUAAUAAGCCAAAGCCAUGUGGAAUUUUUUUUAGAUGCCUUAACUGUCCCUGGCCCCACCCCAUCACCAUUUUAGUUGUCAUUUUUUCACAGCAUUGUGAUCAGUUUUUUUGUCCAUUUGACAUCAGUCUGUGGUUUUUGUCAGAUCACCUUACUUGUUGGGUAUAUUUCCCCUCUAAAUUAUUUUCUCAUUCUCAGCACUAACAUUCAACAAGUUCUGUUGUGGAGAUUUAUGAAAAUAAUUCUUGAUAUUAAAGAAAUCUAUUGGUCCGUAAACUUGUUUCAUAGGAUCACAGUUCUAAAAAAAAAGUUCACAAAUUCCAGACUUGUACUUUCUAUAUGAUUCGUAACUGUUUUGACAAAGGAUUUAAUUUACUAUUUUCUGGAAUUCAUCACCUCCUUUGUCUGUUUUCACAACUGGUAUUCUGUCACUAGCUUCCCGAUAUGGCCAAUAAUUAAUAGUCCUUUAACACAAAGUCUAACUACAUCGAGUGAUUUUCAGGGAGGUGUAGUAAGUAAGAAAGAUGCACACAGUAAAUACAUCUUACCAUGAGAAACUGUAUUCGUGGAAUUUGAGUUAGCAUGCUAGGUUGCCAAUUUCCCGUUAUCCAUAAUCUCUUUACACAGAGUACUUGAUUGAGAACCAUAAUACCCUUAGUUGAAAUCCCUUUAAAAAAUAUAUUUCCAGUUUUUGAAUGUACUGACCCCUGUUCAGUUAAACUUGCUGGUUACUAGUAACCACAGGAUUAGCGUCUAACCUCAAAUGCUGGUCGGUGGUGACUGCAUCACAGCUGAGUAAACUGGCCUUCUUGCUGCUCAGCUAUUACAGACUUUGAUGAUUAGGACACCUCAGAAUAUCUCCUCUUUUAUAGGUUGCCAAUAAGUACUAUUUAUACUAAGUUUUGGGGCACUGGAACGUACCUGAGCUAAGAAUUAUCUUAACACUCAUCUUUAUACUCACAAUCAAGAAUCCCAUUAAAAAACACAAGGUACCCCAUCUGAACGCCUGUACUGCCCCCCCCCCCCCCACCAAGUCACAAAUGAGGUGGGAGGAAAAACAAACUUUAAAUAAGACAUGGGGUUGGGAGGCAAGUGAAAGAUCUUUCUGUAUGUAGAGGUUAGCCUUGUAAAUAUUGUAACUGGUGAGUAUAGAGUAGAAAGUAGGUUUAGUUGUACAUUUGUUCCACAAAUUGUUAACCUUCAAAAAUAUAAUUGCUGCUAAAAAUAGAGUGCUGUUACACUUAGGAAAAAUCAGUGCCAUUGUUCCGAAAAAGAUCUUGUGCCAUAAAUGCAGCUGAACUAAAUAUACGCAUUAGUUCACAAAUUAAUGCUGUUAGAGGAAUGAGUGAAGUAGAAGAACUUUUAACCAGUGACAUUUCAUUUGUAAUUAUGUAGUGUGAUCAAACAUGAUCAGAAUCUUUCUAUUUUUCUUUGUACAGAGGUUACAUUUUAAUUCCACAGAUUGACACUUUCUAUCAAUCUUCAAUGGGCUAGAUUUUUUUUUCAGUAAUCUAAAACUUCUUUAAAUUAUAUACCUUAACACAGCAGAGAAACUGGAUUUUGUGUAUAAAACUGUGCACCUGAAAUGCUGUCACAAGUACUGCGGUGGGGGGGGGGGUGGUUCUUGUACAUGAUAUUCUUAGAGGUAAUAAUGCAUGAACUUAUUUUAUAAUCUCUUGGACUAUGUAUUUGACAUGUAAAAUAUGUACAGUAUUAAUGUCCGCCACCUCUUAAAAGUGAGUGUAUAAAUAUUGUUGUAUAAUUUUUUUUGGUCAAAAGCAUUUGGACUAAGUAGUGCCACUCGGGUCAGGAUUUUCUUCAGUGCCAUUUAGCAGACCAACUGUCUUUAGUCUAUGCAACUAGCCAAAAUUUAUAGGACACAACAGAAUACAGUUGUCACACUUUGAAUUUCACACGAGGGAUUCACUAUUCUGGAACCCAGGCUAGCAAAAUUAGAGGAAAGGCCCUAUGAUUUCUCUUAAGAGAAAAAGCCUACAUUUCCAGGCUCAACAGUUGAAUAUACUUUAGGUAACAAAAUAGUGUCUACUAUCUCAACCCUUCAAAGUUUAGAGUGAUGUGAAUCAUUUGUGCUUUCUGUGGGAUAGCUGGAUAAAAUUGGCAGCUAAAUUUUUUCAGUCCCACGUGCCUCCUAAAUAAAAGAAAUAACUAGGUUACAAGUUGACUUGCAGACACAAACUAGCAACUAUCCUGAAUAAUUGUUGGGGAGUUGUGUGUGUGUGUGUGUGUGUUUCUUUUUUUAAUAAACAGGUGAAAUUUUCCAACAGGUACCUGCCAUUCAAUUUUCUGUCAAUCACAGUUGUAUAAAGUAGCAAAACCGAAGGGAUGGGGGGGUGGAAAUGAUUGUUGUAUACACUCUAAAUUGCUUUGCAUGGUCUAAUUUGAGGUAAUUGGUGUCAGAAUCUUGACUUUUUUAUAUUUGGAAACCAAAUAAAAAUGGAAAUAAAUUAUCUUUUUUUUUUAAACAUAA